AAUGAGUGGAAUUUUAAAGAGAAAGUUUGAAGAAGUUAGUGGCACCUCGCCUUGCUCCUGUGUGUGGGAUUCAGAUGAUGACAUUUCUAGCAGUGAAAGCGCUGACAGCGGAAGCAAUGUCCACCCAUCAGCUUCUAAUCAUUUUACCCGACAGAUUAAGGAAAUGUCUACAGACUGAAAACAUGAUUUCAGAGGUCUAAAAAUCUCCUGAGAGAAUCUGCCCUUCUUUGAGAUCACAAGACUUGCGUUACGAGCGUGUUCCACUUUCUGUUUGCUCUCAGACACCUUGCUUGGAAGAACACCAAGUUUUGAGCUCCCAGAGAGACCUGGAUUCAUAGAAGAGUUGGUUGGAAGGGAGCUGUGGGUGGCGUCUUCUGGGCUUUGUGCCCCACUCGGUGACUCUGGGAUAUCAACAGUUCUCAACAAACUUUUUGCCUGGCUGAGUGUUAGCACUGCUCAGCUCUGCAGUGCUACAGGAGCCAUGGAGCAGGUGCAUGUGAUAGCAUUGCAGCAAUGAGCGGAAUUUUGAAGAGGAAGUUUGAAGAAGUUGAUGGCUCCUCACCUUGCUCCUCUGUACGGGAAUCAGACGAUGACAUUUCUAGCAGUGAAAGCGCUGACAGUGGUGAUAGUGUCAAUCCAUCCACUUCUAAUCACUUUACCCCUUCUUCGAUCCUGAAGAGAGAAAAGCGGAAGAGAACAAAAAAUGUCCAUUUUAACUGUGUUACUGUGUAUUACUUCACGAGAAGGCAAGGCUUCACCAGUGUUCCCAGCCAAGGGGGAAGCACGCUGGGAAUGUCCACUCGCCACAACAGUGUGCGCCAGUACACGCUUGGAGAGUUUGCAAUGGAGCAGGAGAGGCUUCACCGGGAGAUGCUGCGGGAACACCUAAGAGAAGAAAAACUCAAUUCUCUAAAAUUAAAGAUGACAAAGAAUGGUACAGUGGAAUCUGAAGAGGCUAAUACAUUGACACUGGAUGACAUUUCUGAUGAUGAUAUUGAUCUGGACAACACUGAAGUAGAUGAGUAUUUCUUUCUACAACCCCUGCCAACAAAAAAGCGAAGGGCACUGCUGCGAGCUUCUGGAGUGAAGAAGAUUGACGUGGAAGAAAAACAUGAGCUACGGGCCAUCCGGCUGUCCAGAGAGGAUUGUGGCUGUGACUGCCGUGUGUUUUGUGAUCCAGAAACUUGCACUUGCAGUCUUGCAGGCAUAAAGUGUCAGGUGGAUCGUAUGUCUUUUCCAUGUGGUUGCACUAAAGAAGGGUGUAGCAAUACAGCAGGUAGAAUUGAAUUUAAUCCUAUCCGUGUACGGACUCACUUUUUGCACACAAUAAUGAAACUUGAAUUGGAGAAAAAUAGAGAACAGCAAGUUCCGUCACUAAAUGGCUGCCACAGUGAGAUAAGUGCACACACUAGUUCUAUGAGUCCGGGACCCCAUCCGGUUGAAUAUUCAAUUGCAGAAAAUUUUGAGAUUGAAACUGAACCUCAGGCUGCAGUCAUGCAUUCUCAGUCAGCCGAGGACUUGGACUGUCCUGGGGAAGAGGAGGAAGAGGAAGAUGGGAGUAGCUUUUGUAGUGGAGUUACUGAUUCUAGCACUCAGAGUUUAGCUCCUAGUGAAUCAGAUGAUGAUGAAGAGGAAGAGGAAGAUGAGGAAGAUGAUGAGGAAGAAAAAGCAGAUGACUUUGUAGAAAGUAUGAGCUCCCAUGCUGACAUGGUGCCUCUUCCUUCUGUCCUUUGCUACUCUGAUGGAACUGCUGUGCAUGAAAACCACUCUAAAAAUGCCUCAUACUAUACUAACUCUUCAAAUCUAUAUUACCAAAUAGAGAACCAUGUUGCUGGCACUGCUAACCAGAUUGGCGAGACUUACUCAGAAAGGGAUGCUGUCAAGAAUGGCAGUCUUUCUCUGGUGCCUUACAGCAUGACUUCAGAACAGUUUGUUGACUACACGCGGCAAUCAGAGGAAACUUUUAGCAGCCCUCAUUACCCUUCUGCAAACCCCUCAGUGAUUGUUUGCUGCUCAUCUUCUGAAGGUGACAGCAGUGCUCCAUGUAACAGUUUAUACACUGAGCAUAGGCCAAGUCACCCUCAAGUGGAAUUUCACUCAUUCUUGAAAGGUCCUUCGCAAGAUGGAUUUGUUCCAGCUUUGAACGGCGAGAGUUGUGUACAAGAGCACCCUGCUGAGAAUUCACUAGUCCUCUCAGAAAAGAGUAGACUGCACGAAGAGUGCAUCAAAUCUCCAGUGGUAGAAACAGUACCUGUUUAAUAUUAAAAUUAUUCUAAGACUGACUUCCUGUAAUAAAAUGCACUCAAGUUGGA